GACUCCCGACAAAGACUGCCAUACAAUCUUGAUUUGUCACUAUAAUUUUUAGUAUCUAUCUAUCUAUAGAUAUAUUUCAUUUAAAUAAAAUAUUUCAUAAGUGAUCCGAUAUCUGUAUUUAUUUAGCAAACAUUCUAAUAAAAAAAGCUGCUGUGUUAAAUGUAAUCAGGCAUGUGUUUAGACGGACUAUUUUCUCAACAGAGGUUGAUGGACCCCUAAUGGCUCAACAGCAGCACGAGUGAUUUAUCUGUGUAGUUUUUUUUUCCCUGAACGACUGAAGAAUGAAAGCGAAAAAGCAAAAAAGACAAGGCGAUUUUCAGAAAAUUCAGCUAAAGGUUGGCAAAAAGAAGCCAAAAGCAGACAAUGCAACAAACGUCAACUUCAGGUCAAAAGCUAUCCAUUUACCAGAGCAGCUAAAGCAUGCGGAUUCAGGGCCGACAACACACAGGCAGCUAGACAUUAAGGAUCUGUUGUCCAAGCUCCACCACAUCAACAGUAAUAUAAAGCAGGGAGCCCUGGUGGGUUUGCGGGAGUUGCUGUCGGCUCAGCCUACUCUGAUUGAGCUGCAUGCAUCGGCGGUGCUCUCUGAGGUGGCGGCACUCUUCACCGACAAGGAUGGCUCCGUGCGAGCAGCUGCAGUGCGCCUGCUGCGUUUCAUCGCUCAGUGCAUCUCCGCUGAGCGCGUGGCUCCGUUCUUCCCCCUGCUCAGCGCCCACCUCACUUGUGCCAUGACUCACAUCUCGGAAGCAAUUCAGGAAGAUGCCCUCCGGGUCCUGGAUGUGCUGCUGGAGCACUAUCCCGGGCUUCUUUCUCAGAGGCAUACUGUUCUUCUGACAAACUUUCUAGAGCUCAUUUCCCAAAAGCGGAAAUCUGGAACGGGGCAGGAUAAAUCCGGGAAAGGGAGCUUUGCUCUGACUAUCAGCACGAGCCGCUCUGUAACGGCACAGCAGUGGAGGCUCACUGUGCUGCUUAGGUUGGGGAGUUUUCUGCAGGCAGUUGUCGAGGAAAGGCCUCUGGAGGAAGGGGUGACCAGCAUGAUUGGUCUUGGAAUGUGGGCUGGAGAGAAAGGCUCGGUGACACCUGUAGAUGUGAGCUGGGAGGAGCAUGUCUUUGGCAAGGGCAGGAUCCAAAUGUUUGAAAAUUCUGGGGCCGUUCCCACCCCACACUCCACUUAUCGGCUAAGGCCGGACACUAAGGCAGGGGCUGGAAUGAAUAAGGAACUCUGCUCGUCUGAGACGGUGCAGGGCUUUGCAGGAACCCUGGUGCCUCUGUUGCUGGAGAUCUGGGUGGAGGCGGCAGGUGGAGAUCGUGUGCAGACAGACAGCGGCCACCUGCUCUCUGCGGAGGCCAUGGCUCUUAUGUUCCAGAUCCUCACCAUACUACAGUUACUGAGAAGACUUACCCCACAGAGAGACCAACAGGACAUACUGGAUGCCUGGUUCAGGAAUUCAUACCUGACGGAUUUCAAACACCACUUCAUGAAGAACUUCCCCUAUGGCCUGCUGGAGGUGGCAAGACACAAGAAAAAAGCUGAUGGAAAGAGAAUGAGGCAGCAGCUAGCAGCUGGAACGGUUGCUGGGAGCAGUGUGGAACCGCUAGCUCUAAACGUGACGUUGUGUCAGGUUAUGGUGACACUCAGUCUUCGGGGCCAGGACCACAUAGAAGCCGAAGAUGCUGACUGGCUCGGACCAAUCCGGGUAUUUAUUAGGGAUACAUUGUCCAAUGGGGGCAAGCUGAGCUCAAAGCACCUGGCAGCCUUACUGGAGGUGGUGUGGAGGAUGAUUGUCACUCAGCGCAGCCGCGUGGUGACAGAUGAUCUCCUGCAGGCUGUGUAUGUGCAGUAUCAGCAGAGGAACCUGGCUGUGAAUGUCCGCACUUUGUUGCUGCGCUUUUUCAGUCAACUCUACAUUCAAGAGCAUCAAAACCAUCCUCAUAUUGCUCGGAGCAGGAUUCUGGCGCGUUGGCUGGCGUCACUGCCGGUGCAGUUGGUUCAGCUGGGCAGCAGGAAUCCUCAGCUCUCGGCACAUCUGCUGGAGAUCAUCCAUCCAGCUGCUGCGAGGGGCAAUAAAGACCUUCUGCAGAGUCUUCAGAAAAAUGCCUGCAGUAUUUACGAUCCACAGGAGGGCUGUGUGGUGGUGUUGCCUGUGGAGUCCCAGAAGAGGCUGGUUCAGAUUCUCCAUUUCCUGACAGUGUUUCCCUCAGAGCUUCUGGCAUGUCUCAGUCAGGUCUGCAACACUGGGAGAGUGUCGGCUAGCCUGGCCACCAUGCUAAUACGCACCAUACACCUGAGGUCUCCUCUGAGUGGCUGGUUGAGCAGUUCACAGGAUGUGCCGGUGAAGGAUGUAGAUUACCUCAGUUUCUUUUUCACUACACUAACAGGUUUCUCCUCUGAGAUGCUUCGGGCCCUGCAGGACACAGAUGAAGACAGCCUGUUGCCCUCCUCCACACUCUCACCCCUCAGCAUAUUCGCUACAACCCUGGAGCAGUUCCUUCACCAUUGGGACAUAGUGGAGGAGGUGUGCCACUGCCUGGACACUGUAGGAUCUCGCUCUCAGUGUUUUGAUGUGAUACAGAACGCCAUCAUUAAGAAUCUGUGUGGACUCGUGGUGGUGCCAGACUGUGUUUGUGCAGCGAUUUUAAGGUGUGUUCCUCGGUUAUUGGAUGUCAACUUCCUGCCCAGCGACACACUCCUCCACUUCCUGUCUGACUGUUGCUUGAGCAUGCUCAGUCUGCUGCUACAACUGGAGCAGAGCGCCCGCAAGAGGGAUGCCGUGUGGGAGGCAUGUUUUGCCGCGUUGAGCACAGUACCGAGGCUGCUGCGGCUGGUCUUGCAGUCUUUUCGCGUGUGUGACCUUUGUGAGGAGGAGCUCCCUGUGCUGGCACAGAUCCUGUCGUUACUUCUUCAGCAUACUCAAUUACGCAACCACAUGAUGGCCAACGCCAGUCUACUGCAACAUAUCAUACAGGACUUAACGCAUUUCUACGGUGGAGAGACUCGAGAGCAGUGGCUGACUGAUUUGUUGUACUGCUACAGCGUGACGCUGUCUGGUCACCGGGCCAACAUGGGCAUGAGGGACAUCUAUUAAUCACUAACCAUCACAGUGUUCAUUUCUGAGUUCAGCUAUUUUGUACAGAAUUAAGAAAAUAAAACUUGUGAUAAUA